UCUCUCUCUCUCUCUCUCUCUCUCUCUCUCUCUCUCUCUCUCGUGCAGUCGUGGAUGCACUUGAAGCUCUUUCUAGGCCAUUUUUGCACAUAAACAAAAGCCAUUGCACAGUCCAUAGUAACCAAGGAAGGAUGAUGAACCAAGAACUGAAAGAGGCAGUCACAAACAUUCAUUUUCGAAAUGAAGAGCUCAAGUUGAGAGCCACUGAGAUCAUCCAAAAGGCAGCUGGUGAAAAGGGUUUAAAGAUGAGAAACUGUUUGGUUGGACUAGGAGUGAUCCCUCAACUUUUAACCAUGCUUGACACUUCUUGCCCACCUCCUUUCCACCUUUCAUCUCUACAAACUCUUCUUCAGGUCUCCCAUGGUAACUCAUGUGGCAAAGCAGUCAUUGUAGAAGCAGGAGGUCUAGAGAAGCUCUCCAAACUUUACUUGCACUCAAUUGACCAAACAGUUCAUGAGAACAUAUCCACACUGCUAUUCUCAAUCUCAGCCUUGAAUUCGUGCAAAUCAGAAAUUGGGUCUUCAUCUAUAUUCCCUCUUCUAAUUUCCAUGCUCAAUUCUCCAUUUGAAUCAGUAAGAGAAGCUUCAAUCUCAUCCCUUCUAAACCUCUCAACUUGCUUUGAAAAUCUCAAUAUCUUUCUAAGGCAUGGAGCAGUUAAAGCCCUGUUUGAGUUCAUGCAAAACCCAAAUGGCAGAGGAGAGAGUAAAACAACUUUAUCCAAGUUCAAAGACAGAGGAGGGAGAAACUCUGCUGAGUCCACUGCCAGAGGAGAGAGAAACACAACUGUAUACAAGCCCUUUUGUAGUAGAGAGAGAAAGACUUCAGAAUGCAAGAGCUUAUAUAUAUUGAGCAAUAUAAUGGUGACAGUUGAGGGGAGAAAGACUUUGGAAAAGAUGGUGGCUUCAGAGCCUUGGAUUCUGGGGGGUUUUUUGAGAGCAGAAGAGGAGCCCAAGUGUCAACAAAAAGCUGCAUAUAUAUUGAUGGUUUUAGUUUAUUACAGUAGGGGUUUAAGGGAGGUUUUGAGGGCCACAAAGGGGCUUGUUCCUGCUGUAGUUGAGAUGGGUCUUCUGGGAACUUGCAGUGUCUUGAGAGAGAGGUGUUUGAGGAUAGUGAAGAGUUUGGGGAGAGACAAGAGUUGGGCUCUCUAGAAGAACUUGGCCUAGAGAGAGAAAGAGAGAGCCUUGGGAUUUGGUGCAAUGAUGCAGCCACUAGUUUGUGCAUUUUCAGGGAAGGAAGAAUAGCUUCUCUUGCUGUUACAUACUUGAGAAAGGAGGACGACAGCCUCUCUCUGCUCCAAAAUCUCGAGCAAUUUACAUAUGCAUGCAAAAAAAUGGUUGCAGCAUUGACCCAGAAUCACCAUUAUAAUUCAUAUUUUGGGUUAUAUUAUUGAAGUGUUACUAUUUAUUUUGUAUGUUUUUAUUUUUGUUUUAAAUUAUUUGGUAAAUAUUUUUAUUUCGAUUUAUCAAUAUCUUUCAAACCGCUCAAAAUACAAAAACUCAAAAAAAAAUUGAUGUGAUUGGGUAGUUUCAAAGUCAA